AUGAAGUGGUACGAUGAUGGCCAGAAGCACCGUCUUCGUCUCAGGCCUCGGUGGACGGCGAAAGACAUCGCGGAGGUGGAGAGGAUGACCCCGAGGAAGAGGCCUACUAGACCAGCAUCAGAGACCUGCACAGUGGAUUUAGGGAGUUUGCACCCCUCAUCAACAGAGUGCACCGUCAUGCCCAGCACGCUCGCCUUCACGCCCACCAUGUACCCGAUGGCCACCUGCUCACGCGCCAGGGUGUAUGCCAACAACACGCUCAUCAGGAACCCCGCCGCUAGCCACGACACGUGUCGCCGGCGCCCGCGCGGGAGCAAGGCGGCUUACGCUGUGGCCACUGGUAGCACAGACAGGGGAAGGCCGAGGACGGUGUUAGCGAGGAGGAUCGCGUGGCCGUCCCUAUUGUGGUGGCGCGAGGAGGUUGUCGUCGGGAUGUGCGAGGUCCAGGUCGUGGCAAGGAGCACGGGCGCCAGCGUGGUGGACGCCACGGCGCAGGGACGUGACCAGCGGUGCGCGGCGAUGUUCGGGAUGGUCAGGCGCCAUGGGAGGCACAUCGGCAUGCGGAAGGCGCACACAAGCUAAUGCAAGCAGAGUGCUAUUGUGGAGCUUGGCGCGGUCUUAGAGGAGGAGGACGGCAGUGGACGAACGAUGUCCUCAUAUUCGUCGUCGACGAGGAGCAGUGCGACGAGGUCGAGGUGCGACG